GGAACGCGAUUAUUGGUUGGUACAAUUCACCUCAGGGUUUGCAUUAGGGUUUAUAAUGUAGCGAAGGAAUCACUCGUAUUCGCAGUCACAGUGGCGGCUUGCAUGCGGUAAUUUUGGCGCGAUGCGGUCCUUGAUCAGGGGAUUCGCAAGAAUGUCACGGAUCCUACCAAAUUUGCACUUUUCUUUCUCCUCGUCUCCGUAUUCGGUCCUCGGAAUCGAUAUCGACGAUGUGGUGGGAGAGAAGCUUGGAAAUUGCACCGUUAUCAAGGAAGGAGAGGUGAAGAUCCUCUUAGAUUCCAGCAACAGCGUCUUCUACAACAAGGCCCAGGUUCAUAACAGAGACAUGUCAAUUGCUGUUUUAAGGGCUUUUAUUUCAAAACGCAAGGAGCAACAUGCUGCUGUCUGGAGCAAGAAAAUGUGGUCACCAUCAGAUAUAAUUCAAGAGAGAUCGUCAGGUUCUUUAUCUGAUGGAGUUUGCCAAAUGAAGCAUGAGAAUGGUACUAAGAACAUUGUUGAGCUAACACAGGAGACCACUUCCAAGGUCCAAGAACUCAAGGCACCUAGGGUUCUUGAGGCUUUAGCUGCUUCAGGAUUACGAUCUUUGAGAUAUGCAUGUGAAAUAGAAGACAUUGCUAAAGUUGUUGCUGUUGACUAUGAUCCAAAAUGUAUUGAAGCUUGCAAAAGGAAUAUACAGCUUAACGGUUCUCAAGCAUCAUUGAAGGUGGAAACUCAUCUGGCUGAUGCUAGAGUUUAUAUGCUCAACCAUCCAAAAGAGUUUGAUGUGAUAGAUAUUGAUCCUUAUGGAUCACCCUCUGCUUUCUUGGACUCAGCUAUUCAGUCAAUUGCUGAUGGUGGACUACUGAUGUGCUCAGCUACAGAUAUGCCAGUUCUUUGUGGUGGCUGUACUGCAGCCUGCUAUUCAAGGUAUGGUUCCUACCCUACGAGAGCAAAGUAUUGCCAUGAGAUGGCAUUGAGGAUCCUUCUCGCCAGCAUUGAGAGCCAUGCAAACCGUUACAAGCGCUACAUUGUUCCUGUUCUCUCUGUUCAGAUGGAUUUUUAUAUACGAGUGUUUGUGCGCGUAUUCACGUCUGCUAGUGCAAUGUGCACCACACCUCUUAAACUCUCAUACAUCUAUCAGUGCUGUGGUUGUGAUUCUUUUCAUUUACAAAGGUUGGGGAGAGAAAUUAUGAAGAACAACAGAGUAAACUAUGCUCCAAAUUCUGGUCCAGUUGUUCCUCAAGAAUGCACAGAUUGUGGGGGUACAUUCACAAUGGGUGGACCUAUGUGGUCUGCUCCCAUCCAUGACCAAGAAUGGGUGACCUCCAUGUUGGAAAAUGUUAGAUCUAUGAAAGAAAAGUACCCUUCGCAAAGAAAGAUUUUAUCUGUACUUACAGCUGUAUUAGAGGAAUUGCCUGAUGCUCCUCUCUUUGUCAAUCUACAUAGCUUAUGUGCCACUCUCAAGUGUACCUCACCAUCUAUUCUCAUGAUGCGUUCUGCUUUGAUAAAUGCUGGCUAUCGUUUCUCUGGAAGCCAUGUGGAUCCAGUGGCGUUAAAAACGGAUGCCCCAAUGCAUGUUAUUUGGGAUAUAUUGCGUUGCUGGGUGAAGACUCAUCAGGUAGAAACUCUAAGUAGGAGUAAAUCAAGCAGUGGGAUUCUUUCCAAGGAACCCAUGCUGCAGGCAAAUUUUGCAACUCCGACUGGAAAAUCUCCAACAAAGAAAGAGCCGCGUUUUGUUCCGAACCCUGAGAAGCAUUGGGGCCCUAAAGUUAAAGCAGGCAGGCAGAUUAAAAGCAAGCAUAAGAACUCGCCGUGUUCCAAGAACCCUGAAAGAUUCUCGGUUUCGAGUCUUGUUCCACACCAAACACUUUGCCAAACACUGCUUAAAAGAAGAGUAACUAGAAAAAAGGGAAGGGAAGUGAGAAAGACAGAAGACCUUUUCAGUUGAAGCCAUUGAUAUAUUGUUUGUUCUUAUAAAGACCUAAGAGGUCUCCAUUCCCUCAUCAGCCAAUUGCCAAUAGCUAGUUCAGCCUUUUGUGAUGCUGCAGGAAAGGAGGAUCUUGAUUGCUGGUUUUUAUCAUCAUGGGAAGGUCUUCCAUGCAGGUUUGGGUUAGUUCUCUUGCAAGAAGCUAUCAAAUUAGUGAAAUUUUCCUUAUAGAUCCACUUUUGUUCAGGUGAUAUGCAUCACUAAGCUUCAUAUGUAGUACAAUAGAAGAUGUUGUUAUCAUUGUCAUCAUUAUAAAAUUGUUUUUAUCUCAACUAUUUGAGGUCGACUAUAUAAA